AUGGCGAAGUGUAGCACCAGCGAAGGGGCAACGCUUGUCAUGCCUGACGUGCUCCUCAUCGAGAACAUGCCAUCGACGUUGCUAUCCAUUACGGCUAUGAUGAGAGCCAACCGCAACUUCUCAUUCACCUACGACGCCAUGAAGUGUAGCAUCAAGCACAACGGCACCUCCAUCGCCACCACCACGCUGGAUACCAAGAACAAUGUGUACGUCCUCGGUCAAGCAGACACCCACGAGAGAAUGGAAAAGCCGUAUGAAUAUGCCGGUUGGAUUUGUCGCAAUGGGUUCGCCGCGAUUAACUUGCAAGCGACGGUAGACGGCCGUGGGCGAUUUAUGGAGUACUCUCUGCGUCCGGGGUCGUGCGGUGACAAAAAUGUGUGGCAUAUGUCGAGCUUGGGGCGACGUGUCCAAGCUAUUUUGCCGGCGUACAUGCAUCUCAUCGAUGCCGGCGAUGACCUACGAAUUACGGACCGAAUUGACCCAUAUUUGGGACUUCACGUGCACGAAGAGACUUGGUCAGUGCAGCCGUCGAACCGUGAAACUGCCCUGCACAAGUGA